AUGCUGAGAAGAAGUAUCAGACACUAUUCAACAGACCUCAAGUCCACUUUGAAGAAGGUGAUUCCUGCUAAGCAGGAAUUGUUCAAACAAGUCAAGUCAAAUUUAGCCGAUAAAAAAAUCGGUGACUUGACAGUUGGUGGAACAAUUGGUGGUAUGAGAGGUUAUAAAUCUUUAUUAUGGGAAGCUUCAGUGGUUGAUCCAAAUGAAGGUAUUAGAUUUCAUGGUUACACAAUUGAACAAUGUCAACAAUUUUUACCAAAAUCCAAAUAUGAAACCGAGGAUCCAAACAGUGAAUUUUUACCAGAAAGUAUGUUUUGGUUUUUACUAACUGGUGAAAAACCUACUCAAAAGCAAAUUGAUGAAUUUAGUGAAGAAUUGGCUUCAAAAGCAAGAUUACCAAGUUAUUUGGAAAGAAUAUUGGAUUCAUUACCAGCUACAUUACAUCCAAUGACUCAACUAUCAAUUGGUAUUAGUGCUUUGAAUAACGAUUCUAGUUUUGCUAAAGCUUAUGAAAAAGGGAUUCCAAAAUCUGAGUAUUGGGAGUACACUUUUGAUGAUUCAAUUAAUUUAAUUGCAAAACUACCAAGUCUUGUUGGUAAAAUUUACUCAAAUACUUAUCAUAAAGGUGCCACUUUGGGUCAGUUAGAUUUAGAUAAAGACUGGAGUCAUAAUAUGUCCUCAUUAUUAGGUAUGACAUCAGAAUCUAGAAACAUCAAUAAUCUAAGUAAACAAGAAUCCAAGGAUUUUGUUAAUUUGGUUAGAUUAUAUUGUGCAUUACAUGGUGAUCAUGAAGGUGGUAAUGUUAGUGCACAUGCGACGCAUUUGGUUGGGUCUGCAUUAAGUGAUCCUUAUCUAAGUUAUAGUGCUGGUGUUCAAGGUUUAGCUGGUCCUUUACAUGGGUUAGCUGCUCAAGAAGUUGUUAGAUUUAUUCUUGAAAUGAAGGAUAAAAUAUUUGGUGAAAUUAACAAUUCUGCCAAGAUUGAAGAAUAUUUAUGGAGCUUGUUGAAUUCUAAAAGAGUCAUUCCUGGAUAUGGGCAUGGUGUCUUGAGAAGACCAGAUCCAAGAUUCAAUGCAAUGAUUCAAUUUGGUUUAAAUAGACCAGAACAAUUUGAAAGAGAUGUUCUUUUCCAAUUGGUAAAAAACUUGAGUAAAGUUGCACCUGGUGUGCUUAAAGAACAUGGGAAAACUAAAAACCCAUUCCCAAAUGUUGAUUCCUCAUCUGGUAUUUUAUUCUAUCAUUAUGGUGUUAAAGAGUUGUUAUUCUUCACUGUGAUCUUUGGAGCAUCUAGAUCAUUAGGUCCAUUAGCACAAUUAGUUUGGGAUCGUAUCCUAGGAUUGCCAAUUGAGAGACCAAAGAGUGUUGAUCUAAAGACAUUGGCCCAAUGA